AUGGCGACUUUUGGAAAGAUGGGCACCAUCAAACUGUCGCUCCGUGGUGUCCCCUUGCUCAGUGACUCAAACACCUAUUUGUAUAUCACUCGACUUCUCCCCAUUCGCGAAGCCAUUUACUGCUGGCUUAGAUGA